CGGUCGGUACCAGGAUAUGCAGGAUAUAACUUAAUGUUUGUCUAAUUUUUCUAUUAUUCUUUUCAAUAUAUGCUUCUCCAGCAUGUCAGAACAAGGAGAGAAUCCCUCUUGAUGUCUACUUUAAGAAGAGCAACAUUUUUCAUACUUUUCUAGCUACAAACUGAAAUAAAAACACUUCUUAAACAGGGAUUUAGCACAGAGACAGGUGACACUCAGAGCUCACUGCAACUGAUGGAACAACAUCAUCUUUUUUUUUUUUUUUUUGUGGAGUGAUGGCGGACAUGAACACUCCUAUAUGACGGAUAGUAACGUGUUGGAACGUGGAUUUUCUGCAUGAGAUCAAAACCACAAAAAGAUGACAAACCAGACCAAUGGGAAGUGGCGUCAGGUGUCACACCGUCACUGUAUUUUCAUUGUUCUUAGUGUGGGAGUCGUGCUUUUCCUGCAGUACAGCAGUAUAAAAGAGAUGGCACCAGCUUGGAAUCCUAAACAAUGGAUGCAAAAUCAUUCAACUAAACUGUUUAUCCUAUUUAGAAAACAAUAUAUUGGAUUAGGAAACGCAAAUAGAUCUGAGGUUGAGGCCAUAUCUACUGGAAAUGUGACCACACCCUACUCAACUGCAGCUAUCAUCUCAGCUGAACUUCCUCAAGUGGAGAGAAUUUCAUCAACACAGAAACCAAAAACCAAACGGCAGACAACCGUUUCUCCUGAAGUGAUUCAGCAGGUUUUACAACCACAAACAGCCCGACCAACACCAGGUACUUAUAUAUCUCCUGGACCCUACUUAGUUGAAUAUCCUUAUGAGUACCACUUUACCAUAAAUGAGCCUCAGAAAUGUGAGCAGGGGAAGCCGUUUGUGGUUCUAAUGGUUCCAGUGGCGCCUCAUAACAUAGCUCACCGUGAAGUGGUCCGCAGCACCUGGGGAACCGAGAGCCUGGUUCUGGAUAAAGUGGUUAUGCUGUUCUUCCUGCUGGGGAUGCAAACUGGAGAUGAUUCAAAUCAAGUCCAUGAGCAGCUGCUGCACGAAAGCAAGGAGCACAAAGACCUGAUUCAGAGUGACUUUGUGGACUGUUACAAGAAUCUGACCAUCAAAACCAUGGUGAUGCUGGAGUGGUUGAACUUGUACUGCUCCAAUGCCUCUUAUGCCAUGAAGAUUGAUUCAGAUAUGUUUCUACAUGUGCCCAAUCUAGUCCAACUACUCAUAAAUGCUCCCAAGACAAACUACAUGACUGGUCUAGUGGCACAUGGUGGUCAAGUGUUAAGAAAUCCCUCCUCUAAGUGGUUUCUACCUCAUGAGCUCUUCUCUCCGUCAGUCUACCCUCCCUAUGCUUUAGGUCUUGGCUACAUUUUAUCAUUAGAUCUCACUAAUAAGCUCAUUGAGGCUUCCAGACAUGUUAAAGCCGUUUACAUUGAAGAUGUGUAUUUAGGAUUGUGCAUGCAGCACCUCGGUCUCGUUCCCACAGAUCCCCCUGGGGGGUCACUCUUUCAUGUUUUCCCUUUAAAAUAUGAUCAAUGUGUUUUCUCUAAGAUAAUCGCAACCACAGUUGAACCUUUUAAUGAUCGUGUAAAGAUGUGGACACACUUUAAAGCAGAGGGACCGUACUGCUGACAUAAACACCUUCUUGCUAUUUUUUAUUUAAAUUUAUCAAAGGAUUCCAUAGGAAUCAUUGUGUGUAUAGUUUACUUUUUCAUUGACAGUAUCUCAUGCCAGUCUUGGUGUUUUGAUGUAUGAAAACAAUCAGCCCCAGUAAACUUUAAUUAUUUGCAUAUUUGUUGUUUUGUGAACUUGUUUUAAUAAAUUUAGUAACUUUUGGGAAA